UCGAGUCGUUUAUGCUUGGCACCAGUGUGGGCAACAAAACAGCUAGAUGUUACAUAAUUCUUAAUCAGAAGAAAAAUUAUGCAUUUUAUAUUUGUAUCGAUUUUUAACAAAACGGGUUUAUUUUAAUGUGUGUAUAUAUAUAUAUUUAAAAAAAUAUAUACAAAAAAAAAAAGGUAAUAUAUCAACCAUAGAGGCACAUCUUGAGGAGAACUGAACGUAACCACCGUGCAUAUAUCGAGAAGGAAAGAAACAUCUCUUUUGAUAUAGGUUUCAAGGCGUGGAAAGUGCGAGAAAACAGCAACCACACUCAUUCGGCCUGUGCUGCUCUGAGAAGCCAGGAGCUGGAGUUUGAAGGUGUAAAAUACUCGCUAUGGCGGUAAACUUGGACAAGGAAGCGUACUACCGCCGAAUCAAGCGAUUAUAUGGCAAUUGGAAGAAAGGAGAAGAUGAGUUUGGCAAAGUGGAUGCCAUGGUGGUCUCCGUCGGGGUGGACGAAGAGAUAGUGUAUGCCAAAUCCACUGCCCUGCAGACAUGGCUGUUUGGUUAUGAGCUGACAGACACCAUCAUGGUGUUCUGUGAGUCUAAGAUCAUCUUCCUGGCCAGCAAAAAGAAGGUGGAGUUCCUUAAACAGGUGGCUGUAACCAAGGGCAAUGAGAACGCCAACGGGGUUCCACCAAUCACACUGCUCAUCAGGGAAAAGAACGAGAGCAACAAGGUUAACUUUGAGAAGAUGGUGGAGGCGAUCAGGGCCAGUAGGGAGGGCAAGACUGUGGGUGUGUUCAGCAAGGACAAGUUCCCCGGCGAGUACAUGAAGAGCUGGAACGACAUGAUCACUGCCGAGGGCCUGGAGAAGGUGGACAUCAGUGCGGUGGUGGCCUACACCAUUGCGGUGAAGGAGGAUGGGGAACUGGCUCUGAUGAGGAAGGCUGCAGCCGUCACCAGCGACGUCUACUCCAAGUUCUUCAAGGAGCGGGUCAUGGAGAUCGUGGACGCAGACGAGAAGGUGCGCCACAGUAAGCUGGCUGAGUCUGUGGAGAAGGCAAUCGAGGAGAAGAAGUAUCUGGGGGGAGCAGACCCCUCCACGGUCGAGAUGUGUUACCCCCCCAUUAUUCAGAGUGGGGGCAACUACAGCCUCAAGUUCAGCGUCGUCAGCGAUAAGAACCACAUGCACUUUGGGGCCAUCACCUGUGCCAUGGGGAUCCGCUACAAAUCGUACUGCUCCAACCUGGUCCGGACCCUGAUGGUGGACCCCCCACAGGAGAUGCAGGACAACUACAGCUUCCUACUGCAGGUGGAAGAGGAACUACUCAAAGAGCUCAAACACGGUAUAAAGAUCUGCGACGUGUACAAUGCCGUUUUGGACUACGUCAAGAAGGAGAAGCCCGACCUGGCGGCCAAAUUCACCAAGAACCUAGGAUUUGCCAUGGGGAUAGAGUUCAGAGAGGGUUCCCUGGUCCUGAACAGUAAGAACCAGUACAAACUGAAGAAAGGCAUGGUACUGAGCAUCAGCCUGGGGUUCGCUGACCUGGUGAAUAAGGAGGGGAAGAAGGAGGAGCAGAAGAAAUACGCCCUGUUCAUAGGAGACUCUGUACAGAUCAACGAGGAUGAUCCAGCGACAGUUCUCACUCCGGUCAAGAAGAAGAUAAAGAACGUCGGAAUCUUCCUAAAGAACGAUGAGGAGGAAGAUGAUGAGGAAGAUGCUGACGAUGCAGAGGAACUACUGGGGAAGGGAGCGCGUGGACAAGCUUUACUCCAGGACAGGACUAGGAACGAGAUGACGGCAGAGGAGAAGAGGCGGGCUCACCAGAAGGAGCUGGCCAAUCAGGUGAACGAGGAGGCCAAGAGACGUCUGACGGAACAGAAAGGAGAGCAACAGGUCCAGAAGUCCAGAAAGUCCAAUGUCUCCUACAAGAACGGCUCUCAGAUGCCUCGAGAGAAAGAUAUUCGAGACAUGAAGAUUUUCAUCGACAAGAAAUAUGAGACGGUUGUUAUGCCGGUCUUCGGUAUCGCCACCCCUUUCCAUAUCGCUACCAUCAAGAACAUCAGUUCGUCUGUGGAAGGAGACUGGACGUACCUGAGGAUAAACUUCUAUGUUCCCGGCAGCUCUCUGGGACGCAACGAGGGCAACAUCUUCCCCAACCCUGAUGCCACCUUUGUCAAAGAAAUUACGUACCGGGCGUCGAACCUCAAGGCGCCUGGCGACCCAACAGUCCCGUCCACUAACCUCCAGAACGCCUUCCGCAUCAUCAAGGAGGUGCAGAAGCGCUAUAAGACCCGGGAGGCUGAGGAGAAGGAGAAGGAGGGCAUCGUCAAGCAGGACUCUCUGGUCAUCAACCUGAACCGCUCCAACCCCAAACUCAAAGACCUCUACAUCAGACCCAACAUCGCCCAGAAGAGGAUGCAGGGGUCGCUGGAGGCCCAUACCAACGGUUUCCGUUUCACGUCCGUCCGUGGGGACAAAGUGGACAUUCUCUACAACAACAUUAAACACUCCCUCUUCCAGCCCUGUGACGGAGAAAUGAUCAUCGUACUGCACUUCCACCUCAAGAACGCCAUCAUGUUUGGUAAGAAGCGUCACACAGACGUGCAGUUCUACACAGAGGUGGGUGAGAUCACCACAGACCUGGGCAAGCACCAGCACAUGCACGACCGCGACGACCUGUACGCCGAGCAGAUGGAGAGGGAGAUGAGACACAAGCUCAAGUCUGCCUUCAAGAACUUCAUCGAGAAGGUGGAGACCCUCACCAAGGAGGAGCUGGAGUUCGAAGUGCCCUUCCGAGACCUCGGGUUCCAGGGCGCCCCCUACAGGAGUACCUGUCUGCUGCAGCCCACCUCCAGUUCCCUGUGUAACACCACUGAGUGGCCUCCGUUUGUGGUGACUCUGGAUGAGGUUGAGCUGGUUCAUUUUGAGCGUGUUCAGUUCCACCUGAAGAACUUUGACGUGGUCAUCGUCUACAAGGACUACAGCAAGAAGGUCACCAUGAUCAACGCCGUGCCCGUCAACUCACUGGACCCCAUCAAGGAGUGGCUCAAUUCCUGUGAUAUCAAGUACACAGAGGGGGUCCAGUCUCUGAACUGGACUAAGAUCAUGAAGACUAUAGUGGAUGAUCCAGAGGGCUUCUUUGAACAGGGGGGCUGGUCUUUCUUAGACCCGGAGAGCGAGGUGUGUGUGUGUUAUUGCAAGAUACAAAACGGUGUUAAAAUGAAGAUGUUGGACAAAUGUAUUUCUCUCUCCAUCUGUCUCAGGGGGAAGGAGCAGAGGAUGACUCUGAGUCGGGGGAAGACGAGACAUUUAACCCCUCGGCAGACGAGAGUGAGGCAGAGGAGGAAGACAGUGAUGAAGAUUAUGACUCUGAGAGCGAGGACUCCGGUAAUGACUACAGUGCGUCGCUGGGCAGUGAAGAGGAGAGCGGUAAAGACUGGGAUGAGUUGGAAGAGGAGGCCAGGAAAGCCGACAAAGAGUCUCACUAUGAGGACGCGGAGGAGACCUCGUCGGCUAAGCGGAAGGGUCGCUCGUCAGCCCCGCCUCCCAGCGCCAAGAAGAAACGCCGCCACUGAAUGGCACCACCACCAGACUGUCUCACCUACGCAUACACUGCCAAAAACAUUGUUGAUUCAAUCCCCCUCUCCUCUAAUUCAUCUUGGCUCUGUCAUUUCCCUUCGUCUUUCUCUCAUACGCACACACACACACACACACACACACACACUAUACGAUGUGUAUAUAGAGGUAGUAGCACCCCCAUGCGUUUGUAUUAGGCCGUGAGUGUCGUGAUUAAAUGGGCAUAUCGUACCUGACGGUAGACUGUUCAUUCCUCUCCCCAUUCCUUUGGCAACUCAUUCCCCUGUUUCCAAGGGCCAGGUGUGUGUGUGUGUGUGUGUGUGUGUGUGUGUGUGUGUGUUUUGAAAGGGUUUUAAUGGCAAACUAUUGUUUUUCUGUUAAAUUGUUUCUAAACCAAUAUAGUAAGCAGUGAUGAUGAUACAGUAUCUUCUGCUAAGCAUUUUUACAAGAUUUAGUCUAAACAAAUAAUCUUCCAUUCCUCCUUUCUACCGUUCUAUCCUUCUUGGACAUUAUUUGUUGAGAGCGAUUGAUGUAGGGGGGAGCAGAUAUCAAAUCCGUUUCCCAAUUCCUUUUUUUUAUGGGGGUUUGUACAGACUUACUGAUGCUCAAGAACCUCAAUGUCUCUAAUUUCCCCACCACUUUCCUCCAUCUUUCUGUUAAUCCUGGAUAGGUAGACUGUUGAAUUGUUAAUUAAAAAUCCUGAUGUUUUUGUAAUAAAAUAAAAAAAAUAGUCGUUA